AUGUGGGCUAUUGAAGACGGACAACGCUAUACAGGGUGCAAUGAGGGAAAUUUUGCCAGGACAGCUCUAUCAGCCCGCUCUUUUUCGAUUUCCAACUGUCCAGCCUGUGAUGGUGCUCUACGAUUCGCCAAAUCCUAUGGAGACCAUAUGGUACUACAGAGAGGUCCUCAAAGAGCUGUGAUCUGGGGUUAUACAGAUAAAGAUUUCCAAACCAUUUCAGCUGAUAUUGAUGGUAUCAAUGGUACAGUCACCACGAUAUCUGUUAACGGGAUGUGGAAGUUGAAGCUGAAUCCUAUGACUGAUGAAGGUCCGUUCAACAUUACAGUGUCAACCAAAGCUGAAGGGAAUAUAACACUACAUGAUGUUUUGUUUGGUGAUGUGUGGAUAUGUUCUGGAGCAGCUAACAUGGGAUUCAGUAUGUCCAGAGUGAAUGACAGCGACAAUGAAAUAUCAUCAGCGAUGGCGUACAACAAAAUCAGAAUAUUACAUGUUCUAUAUGAAGAAUCAGAUGCUUCACUAAUUGAUCUGCAGACUCUUCAUACACCAUGGAGUAUUCCUACCGAAGACUUGGUGUCUAAUUUCUCUGCGGUAUGCUAUCUAUAUGGGGAAUAUAUCAGCAGACAUCAUAACUAUCCUAUUGGACUGAUUGAAACCGAUUCAGAUGAUAAUGAUACUUCUAUACAAUCUUGGAUAUCUUCUUCCUCUGUUACCAGAUGUGGAAAACCGACACGAAAUGACACCUCUGGUGCAUAUAAUUCUAUGAUCAACCCUCUACUAACCAUGACAAUAUAUGGUGCUAUUUGGUUUCAAGGUGAAAGUGACAUCGAAGAAGCAAACAAAUAUGGAUGUCAUCUACAAACAUUGAUUAAUGAUUGGAGAACUCUGAGUCAUCAUUUUUCUCUUAGUGAAACUAGCAACACAUUUCCAUUUGGUAUAGUUCAGAUCGGGCCCAAUUUCCAUAAUUAUAAUGUAAUUGGUCCAGUGCCUGACUUACGAUGGAGUCAAACAGCUAAGGUUGGAUAUUUACCCAAUCCAACUCUUCCAAAUACCUUUUUAGCUAUUACUUUUGACCUGCCAGAGUUCACCCCUACCAGUCACCGUCUCCAUCCAAAAUAUAAACAAGAUGUAGCAGAACGACUAGGACUUGCUAGUUUAGCUGUAGCUUAUGGCGUGAAAGGAAUUUAUUACCAGGGUCCAUUUCCAACCUCGUACAAGUACAGUAAACGUUUCGACGAACUUACUAUAGAGUAUGAUCAUGGAAAAACAGUUUUAGAUGUUAGAGUCGGUGCGUUUUAUUUUGAUGUUUGUUGUUCAAGAAAUUCGACAACCACAUGUGGACCUCACGAUUCUUGGGUCAGCACCUUUAUCACAGAACACAGUGAUACCACUGUAACAAUAGCGACACUGAGUUGUUAUGAACGACAUGUGGUAGGAGUCCGGUAUAACUGGAGAGAAAGUCCUUGCGAAUUUAAAAUGUGUCAGAUUUAUGGACGAGAUAACGAUUUGCCAGCUCCACAGUUCAGUGUGGGAGUGGCACUUUGGUGA